AAGAAGAAGAAGAAGAAGAAGAAGAAGAAGAAGAAGAAGAAGAAGAAGAAGAAGAAGAAGAAGAAGAAGAAGAAGAAGAAGAAGAAGAAGAAGAAGAAGAAGAAGAAGAAGAAGAAGAAGUGGGAUCUUCUUCCCUAAUGCAGAGAAAUUAAGAUAUCUUUCUCUCUCUGAUAUUUCACAUACAGUUUGAGCAAUGAGAACAGAGUCUUCUUCUGGUGAUACCAUGAGUUACAAGUCUUCUUGGCCGAAGCAAGUUGUGAGGAAAUGGUUAAACAUUCAGGGUGGAGUUAAAGAGUUUCAUUCUGAUUAUAAAGUUUCUGAAAUGGCUGGAACAAAUUCAGUGGUAAAUCAUUAUGAUUUCUUAGAAGAAUCACCACCAGAAAAAUGGCUGACUGAGACUGCUCCAGAUAGUUUAAAACGUCCAAGGAUUGAAUCAGACUCACCGGCACCGGUUUCAGACCCCUUAAACCAAAGGAUGUUUGUGGGUACAUGGAAUGCUGGAGGAAAAUGUCCCCACAAAGGGUUGAAUUUAAAGGAUUGGCUACUAAACCCAGUUCCUGCAGACAUUUAUGUACUUGGGUUUCAGGAAAUUGUACCAUUGAAUGCAGGGAAUGUAUUAGGUGCAGAGGACGAUGCUCCCGCCUUAAAGUGGCUUUCACUUAUUCGCCAGGCUCUUAAUAAUACUGAAAAGAGUACAGAGUUGACUGAAAUUCCUCACCCGCACAAAGAACUUAAGAAUUUCAAAACUAGAAUUAGCUUCUCUGAUCUGAUAUCAUUAGAGGAUGAAUUGGAUAAAGAGGAUUCAGAAAGACAUUCAACUUCGAGUCCAAACUCAGACAUAGAGGAUGAAACCUCUAAUUUUUGGAUGAGGCGUAAAUCUCCAAAGAAUAGUACUAGUAGUCGUUACAGCUUAGCUGCAAGUAAGCAAAUGGUAGGCAUCUUUUUGUGUGUGUGGGUUCGAACUGAUCUUAACCAACAUGUCAGCAAUUUGAAAGUGUCGUGUGUUGGAAGAGGCAUCAUGGGUUAUCUUGGAAAUAAGGGUUCUGUAUCGAUCAGUAUGACAUUGCAUCAAACAAGCUUUUGCUUUGUGUGCACCCAUUUAACUUCAGGCGAGAAAGAAGGUGACGAGGUUCGGAGAAAUUUUGAUGUUAUUGAGAUAUUGAAGAAAACGAAGUUCUCUCAGUCUCAGAGAGUAUCUGGACAACCAUUCACACCUUCCCCUGUUAGCAUUCUAGAACAUGAUCAUACUGUUUGGCUUGGGGAUUUGAAUUAUCGACUCGCCUUUCCUGGUGGCGACUCGGAGGAACUUCUGAAGAAUAACGAUUGGGAAACACUUCUCGAGAAAGACCAGCUCAUGAUAGAACAAAGAGCUGGCCGGGUGUUCAAAGGAUGGGAAGAAGGAAGCAUAAGUUUUGCCCCAACUUACAAAUACCUUGAUAAUUCUGACCAGUACGUUGCGCAGAACCAAACAUCCAAGUCCAAAGAGAAGCGAAGAAUACCUGCCUGGUGUGACAGAAUACUAUGGAGAGGCAAAGGAAUGAAGCAGAUGUGGUACGUAAGAGGCGAGAACAAAUUUUCGGACCAUAGGCCUGUCUACUCCUUGUUCUCAGUACAACUUGACUCCCCAAUUGACGGAAUUAAAGUACAGAAAUAAUGCAGCAGUGCCACAACCAGCUCCUCAUCCUCUGCAAUUACGACCACGACAACUUCUACUUCUACAAAGGGAAUGCAUUUCCCAGCAGAAAGUGCUGCCAAAAUCAGAGCUGAAGAGUUGUUAGUCAAGUCAUCACACAACCAAAUGAUCCAAAUCUACAAGAAGAAGAGAAACCCACUAGUUCACGAUUCGGCCGGGAAUAAUUAAACAAUACCAUAGAGAAACCGAAAGGAGUGUCCGAGACAAAGAUGUUAUGAUAGCAAAAACAGUAUUGAGUAAAAGGUGAAUAGUACAACAUCUUCCAUGAUGGUUCAUUGUUGGUGUAGUUCUAUGCUGCUCCAGUUAGAUGCAAGUGGUGCUGCAAUACAUGGAAUUUUCCGACAAGGAUCCUGCAACUUUGUUACCUAAUCAGUCUGACAAUAUAUCACAUCUGGCUUUGGAUAUUGGUGCACAUCUGCGAUACAUGGCUUUAGUAGACAUGAUAUCCAGACGAGACACUGCAGGGAGUUUCUAAUAAUAGCAUAAUGAGCGGCUGUCCUAUUCCAUGAAGUUUGAAUCUUGGAAGAUUAACGAGUUCUAGCAGUGUAUCCAAUCAAAGCAGCUUCAGCGUAGAAUAAUUUAUACCGAUUGACCAAAAGGAUUUAUUCCCCUAUAAUUUGGCUAGUUAUUUGAGAAUGCUUCUGCAAGACUACGACAACAGAAGAAAGGCACGGACUUUUUUUUUUCCAGUGGAAGAGGAGUCAAAAUGGCAGCAGGAGGAGCUGUGGUUGUUUCAGCCUCGAGGGUGGUCGGAGUUGGGAGAGGUGGUGGUGGAGGAGGUGGAAUUACAGCAACAACAAGAAGAUGGAAUCAUUUGCACAACCCCACUUCUAAUAUUACUAGUACUUUCUCAGAAAAUCCAAUCCCAAUUUCAAACCCAGUCUCAAUUGGUGGUCGUAGCAAACGAAAUUGGUUCUCUGUGUUUGUUCGUUAUGCUCAAACCAGGAUUUUUCAUCUCGUUUCCAAGGUAAUCAAUUUCUUACUUCAAUUUACAUCAAUUAAGAUUCAUCUACUCCACUGAUUGUUGAAUUAUUAAAAACUAUACGGUAAUUUAUGGAUGGUGUUGAGAAAUUGCCAAAAUUGGUGGAAGGUAUUCAGGCUUUUCUUGGUGUUGGUGCUGAAUGGAUUUCCGAUGUCUCCAAGGAUUACCAGCACAAAUGCAACUUGGAUAUUUUUUCAGACUAAAUUCCUGGUUAAUUCGCAUCCGACCCGUAACACCCGCUGAUCCGCGAAUAUCAAAUCCGCAGGUGAUUGGGUCGGACACGGUUGGAUUUUCCAGAUCCGCAAUUUUGACGGUUUGGACACGGAUAACCCUAAUCCGCUAGUAACUACACGCCGACUUGGAAGAGUUAGAAAAUUUUGAAUGUACUGUGACAUUUGAUGCUUCCUUUAAUUAAAGAACAUGAUAACUCAACGGGAUUUCUUGAUAA